GCCUCUCGUCGGCUCACAUGGCUGAGCCAUUCCUCGACGUAAGAUCGCAGCUCCUGCAGGCGCUCAAGGGCUCCGGUACCUUUGACGACCUCAAGACGCAAGUGCGCUGCUACCUGCUCGCUGAGAUUCGGAGCAUCGGGCCGGCAAAGGCGCAGCCGCAACCGCCUCGCGAACUGCCGCUGGUGCAGCGCGCAGCCAGCUCACUCGUCCUGCGGCACCUGCGCGCGAGCGGGUGCGCCUACUCCCUCUCCGUCUUCAGCUCCGAGUCUGGGCUCGGCGGAGUGCCGCUCGAGCCCCACGACAUCUGCGACAUCCUGCGGCUGCCUCGCUCAGCGCUCGCGCCAGCACCGACGGUUGCGGGAGGGGAGGGCGACAGCGAGCUUGUCCGCGCUCUCGGAGCAGUUGGCCGGCUGCUCCCCUCCGGCCGCGAGAGCACCGCCACGCAGACAGGCGGCGGCAGCAGCCCAGAGGAGCUCGAGUCGCGGCUGCGCGCCGUCGACCGCGGGCUCGAGGCAUCUCUGCUGCGCGCGGCCGAGGGAGCGGAGCCGGCGGCGGAGCUGGAGGGGCGGCUGCUCCGGUACCAGCGCGAGGCGGACGCGCGCGCGGCGGCGCAGGUCGCCGCCGAGGUUGCGAGGGUGCGGCAGGUCGAGCUGGCGCAGGUGCGGCUGUCCGAGGCGGCCAAGGCGCGAGCCGAGGUGCAGCGGGUGGUGGCGCAGCAGCAGGAGUGGCACGCGGCGCAGCUGGCGCGCUUCAAGGCGCAGGAGGCGGCGGCGGCCGAGGCGGCGCGGCAGCGCGAGGCCGCCUUUGAGCGGUCUCUGCUGCGGGCGGGUCUGCGAGAGCUCGCAGAGUCGCAGCGGCGCGAGCUCGCCGCCGAGAGCGAGCGGCUGUCGCGCGAGCGCGCUCUCAUCGACGAGCGAGCGCACGAGCUCGCCGCGCGAGAGGCGCAGGGAGACCUCGCCAGGGAGAGGCGCGACGGAGAGGCCGCCUACCAGCACCGGCUGCUCGCGCUGCAACGCGACGAGGCGGCGGCGCGAGAGCAGCUCGCGCUCGCGCGGCAGGAGCGCGACCGCGGCGCGCAGACGCUCGCGCGCGCCGCCCUCGCGCGCGAGGAGGAGGUGGCGACCCUCAAGGCGGAGGCAGGUCUGCUGCACUCACGCUGCAAGGCGCUACGCAGCCGCGCAGGGGCGGGAGAGGCCAUGCGCGAGGAGGAGAGCCGAGCCUCGCUGCAGCGGUCAGCCCUCGAGGUUGGCGAGCAGCGGGCGGCGGCGCGGGAGGCGCAGGAGGCCGCGUCGCAGGCGGUGCGCAAGGCGAGGGAGCAGACGCGGCGCGUGGCAGAGGAGCACCAGCGGCAGCUGCGCGUGGCGGAGGAGUACCAGCAGCAGCUGGCCGCGACGCACGCGCAGCUCGAGGAGUCGCUCGCCGCGGUGCGCAGGGCCGAGGACGGGGCGGCGGCGCUCGAGGCCGCGUUGGUCGACGAGCGGCAGCGCGCAUCGCAUUUGCUCAACGAGACGGAGGCGUUGCGGCGCGAGGUCGCCGUCGCCACCGGCGGCCCGCCGGCAGCGCCGCGCGCCCCGCCGCUGCCGGCGCCGUCGGCGGUGCCGUCCGCGCCACCCCGUUUCACGCCUUCGUGGCGGCCCGCUGCUGCCGGCUGCGGCAGGGGCGGCGGCUACGAGACGGCGGCCCAGCCACCGGCCCCGCCGCCGGCCGAGCCGGCCGCGCUUCGGCCGCCGGCGGGCGGAGGCGGCACCGAGUACACGCCAGGGAGCGACCUCUUCUCGGAGGCAUUCGAGUCGUCGGCGGCCAAGCUACGCGAGCUCGACGUACGCAACGCGUCGCUGCAGCGCCAGUGCCGCACUUUCCUGGCGGGCUCCUCCUCGGCGCUGCUCGGCGUCACGCCCGGCGCAGAGGCGGAGGAGGAGGAGGCGAGGGUCGAGCGAGAGGCGCGCCGCGCCGCCCAGGAGCGGGAGCGAGAGGCGCGCGCCGCGGAGACGCGCCGCCUCGCGGAGACGUCGCGAUUCGCCCAGGCGACCGCAAGCGCAUCGGCGGCAAUCUCCACGCUAGAGGGGGCGUCGGAUGACUCGGCCGACAUCUCCGUUGCGGCAGCGACGGACGAGUCGGACUCUGGCGGCGGCGGCUGGUGA